AUGAAAUCAAACUAUACCGAGAACUUGGCUUGGUUUAAACAUACAGUCGAACCGCACAUGACAACAAAGCAUGGUGAAGACACACGAUGUUACCAUGCUGCUUUAAGAAAACCACCAAUCCCAUUUGAAUUUACGGCCAACACUGACGAACAAGUUUCGCAUUCUCGAAAAAGGAGGAGAACAGAGGAACGUUUUCUAUCGGACGAUGAGAUAGAUCUAACUAAGCCUUUAUCGCCACUAGCUUUGUCGCCUAUACCAACAUGUUCGCAUAUACCCACUGUACCUGAAAAACAGAUAUUUGAUCACUCAUUUGAUGAAAAUUUAUUCACUUUAUCGCAGGAUAACAGAAACUCCAUAACUAGAACAAUGAGCGAUCUUUCUAUUUACUACGACGCUGAGGAAGACUGGAUUGAUGAAAAUGAUAUUGUAGAGUUUGAAGAAGUCACACCACCAGUACCUAUAGCAGAAGCGCCUUUGGUGCAACCUGGUCGCAGAGAAGAGAUUCAAACACUCCUGCAAGCUGUCUUCAACAUCAAUCACUUCCUCCCAAAUCAGUACGAAGCGAUUGAUGCUGCAAUGAAUGGGGAUGAUAUAUUCUUGGUCUUGCCAAAGGGCGAGCAAAGAAACAUCUGCUACCAAAUACCCAUAUUACAUCACUUCCCCAAUUUGACAAAUAUCGUGAUUGUGCCCGAUUCGUUUUAUUUAUUACAACAAGACGAUCACAAUUUGUCAGUACAUAAUAUACCAACAUUAUUUGUAAGCAAGUCUAAAAGCAGCUUCAAAAAAAAUUGGGUCUCCAUGAACGAUGUAGAUACUGCCUUGCUCAAGAAAUAUAGCAUUGUCUAUAUGACUUUUGAUGUAUUUGCUAAGUGCUCUCUCGUUAUCCAAGAACUCUACAGGGAGAACCUAUUGUCGAGAAUUAUUAUCGACGAAGCACAAUGUGUAUCACAAUGGGGAACGGAUUUUCCAACGAAAGAAUACAAUUAG